AUGCAUGUACGAUGUGAGAAUACUUUAUCUACCGAAUCGAAGCUUUUUUUCUUUUUAAAUUUCUUAAUUUACGAGAAAACGCAAAUAAACACACACAUAUUUAUGCCAAAUGUUCGUACAUACGUAUAUAAUAGGCUACACACAAUGCAAUGGCUAUUGUACUUUGUAGUGCAUACAUAUUAUGCGAUUGGUACCACACAUACACAGUUGCUUAAAAGAAAAACAAGACGUCAGCUCCUAGCGGAGAGGGAAGCUUUAGCACAACAAUUAGUGGAUAAAGCAAAUUCUGUGGCAAAUCCCUUGGACCAUUUAAAUUUUUUUCACAAAUAUGAAACACCGGACAAUCAAACUAUUGAAUUUUUUUGUACAAGAGCUACGGAUGCACAACCUGAAUGUUUAUCUUGGGUAUUUGAUAUUAUGGAACGUAAUAUGAAAUCUCUAUAUGAAGAGUGCGAUUGGGGUUGGGAUCCAGUAGCUAAACAACAAGAAUUAACAGAACCAACAGCUUGGUUUUUAGUAGCAUCUUUAAACAAUACAUUUGUUGGAUUUUCUCAUUUUCGUUUUACUAUGGAUCACAGAGAAGAAGUAUUAUAUUGCUAUGAAAUACAAUUGGAAUCAGAAAUACGGCGAAAAGGACUUGGUCACUUCAUAAUGUCAGCCCUUGAAUCUAUGGCAUUGGAGAGCAAAAUGCGUAAAGUUGUUGUGACUGUGUUUAAACAUAAUCCAUCAGCUAUGCAGUUCUUUUAUUCUCUUGGUUACAAGCUAGAUAAGACCAGUCCAUCUGUAUCGAAUCAAUUACACUACAUUAUUCUGAGUAAGGCCGUUGAUGCUGGAUCAAUGAGCAAGAAACCGAGCUAACUUACUGUGAAAUUAUGUAAAAAUAAAGUACUAAAUUUCGUAAAACUUAA